AUGGCGCGUGCAUUUUCAUUUCAGCCGUUUGUUAGUCACAAUGGAUUUAAUCGUGCAUGGAUAUCGAUCGAUGCCUCGGAUCUGAAAUAUGGCACAAUAUGGCAUCUCUUAUCAUAUAUAAGAUUUUUGAAAGAACAUCGUAUUGUUUGA